AUGGGCCGCCGCAGAGACCACAACCGUGAGGCGGCCGGCGGCCGGGCGCUCAAUGGCGAGGAUGUCAAAGCCGAGUGGACCCGGGCUGCCGAAAGUGCACCGGGAAAGAUGCGGCGAUGGGAGGGCCUGGCGGCCUUGGCAGAGGCCGUGGACCUGGUGGCGAAGGAGGCCUGGGAUGAGAGCACCUUUCGGACCUCUGCGCCGGGCGGGGAUCUCUACACGCAGUGGCAUCGCAUCUUUGCGCACGGGACUCUGCCAGAUGGUCAGCAGGGUGCCAUUGAGCUUCAUUGGUCCGAGGAGGACGGCUAUGGACACAAAGUGAUUUGGGUGCGCGGAUGGGUGGGGCCCAAGGCUCCCGAUGAUUUCACAACUACCCGUGUGAAGAGAGACUACAUCUUCAGCAAUUCGGAGUGUGGGGUUCAAUGA